CAGACUGAAUGUUCAGUGGAGAGACUUGCAUCCAUGAGUGACACCAUGUCAUACAACUGUUCAUUUAACGAGGUGGACCGACUGAUGAACUAUUUGGAGCUGGUCAUCUACAUACCCAUAUUCGUCUUGGGUCUGAUCCUGAAUGUUGUAGCACUGUUAGUGUUCUGCAUCUUUCUGCGAAAAUGGACCGAAUCAACCAUCUACAUGACCAGCCUGGCUCUGAUGGACCUGCUCCUCCUCUUCCCUCUUCCCUUCAAAAUGCAUGCGACUAAUCACUGCUGGCCUUCCUACCUCCAACCUCUCUGUUCAGGCUUGGAAAGCCUGUAUUUUAUUGGAAUAUAUGGCAGCAUCUACACCAUCAUGUGUAUAGCUGUGGACCGAUGGGUGGCUAUCUGUCACCCAUUCAAAGCCAAGCUGCUGCGUUCACCCAAAGUGGCUCUGGGGACCUGCAUGGGGGUGUGGAUGCUGGUGCUGGCAGUGCUCUCUCCAACCAUCCACCGUUUCAGAGAUGCCGGGGAGAAAAAUUUCCACUGUUUCCACAGGUUUUCAGAAAAUGGCUGGAGCCCUCCACUGAUCAUCAGCCUGCAGGUGUUUGGGUUCCUGGUACCUGCGUUGGUGGUGAUUUACUGUUCUGUCCAGACCAUCUGGGCGCUUCAGCAAUCUGGCCAGCACAGCCCUCAGAGCCAGGCCUGCGUGAAGAUCAUCUACAGCAGUUUGAGUGCCUUCCUGGUGCCUUUCACCCCGAGCCACCUUGGCAUCCUCCUGCAGUUCCUGGUGCACCAAGGAGUGAUUCAGGACUGCGGCACCAAGACCAGGAUCAGCCUGUUCAUACAGGUAGCUUUGUGUCUGUCCAACAUCACCUGCUGUCUGGAUGCUCUAUGCUACUACUUCAUUGCCCAUGAGGUGAGGAGCACCAAACACACCUUCAGGAUGUCAAUGAUCAGCCAAAGAAGAGCCACUUUCAGCACUUCAGAGGUCUGAACAUGAGAUAAAGACGAUUCAAGUUAAAAUGUAAUGUGUCCUCAGCGGAGUGCUAGUAGUGAAUACAAGACCUGGCAAGUUUUUUGAAGGGCAAUGCAAUUAAAGAACAGCCAGUAUCGUUUCCGGUAGAAAGUGUGGCAUGCACUAAGAGAAAUGGGUGGUAGUGAAACAGGUCAGAGUGCAAUUGCAGUUAAGCAGUGUAGGUAAGUGUGAGGCAAAAAUGUUGAAUAGACAGAGAUCUGUUAAUAUGAUUUGGUCCAGUAACAGGAAGCCAGUCUGAAACCUCAAAGAGCUUUGAUACCCAAUUGAGGCAGGAAAAAGAAAAUUCACCAACCUGACACAACGUGACAUGUUUCUAAAACGAUAUCAGGGACAAGCUUGUGAGAUUGCUUAAAGCAUUCUCACACUGUCCUCAGUCCUACACACUGACAAUGCGAAACUAAUGUGGGGUGUAAUUCAUCUUAAAGCCGUAGGCUAUUAUGGAGCAUUUUCGUCUGUUUUCUCAAGAAGAAAAAUCAGACAUAUAGCACUUAAAAUCCACUUUUACUGAAGAUCUCAUUAAAAGACAAAAUUUAAGCCAUUUAAGAUCAGGGACAAUGGAUCUACAUUAGUAAAUAGUGGAGAGAAGUUACAUUUAUGUAUCCGUCCUGUAAAUCAUUAUAUAGGCUAUAAUAAAGAACUGUGGCUGGGUGGCAAAGAAGUACUACUUUUAUAUAUUUUAAAUAUAUCCCUGACCUUAUCAAUGCAAAUAAAAAUAUUCAGGAGGAUUAUACUUUUCAAAUAAUCAUAGUAUGAAUGAUGAAGCAAAUAAGUGGACAGAAAGUCAAGCUUUCUAGCUAGUAGCCUUAGAUACUAGCUGUAGUCUUAGCUACAUUGUUAGCAUAAUUAAAUGACAUGAAACAUGUAAAUAUAAUUGUACUUUUGAUUAGUUUUUUUCUUUUAUUUUAAUAACAAUGUAGCUUCAUACAUGUGCAAUAGUAUCAUGUGAAUUUAUGAGAGGCCCACUGCUAAUGGCAGUCAACCUGACUUGCAGAUGUUGAACAAUCCCUUUGUGGUAACAGUAAAAGGUUGGGGGUUGAUUAGGAGAUUAACUGUACAUUAAUGCUGUUUUUAUGAUAUAGUAUUUCUGUGAAAAGCUAAAACCAGAAAGAAGACAUGAAACUGUCAUGUUUUGGUUUACUUGCAUUAUUUGUCUUGAUACUUUCAUUUUGGCACUCGUUUCAGUGUCAUUUGCUGUUUAGUUUCUGUAACUUUAAUUUCUGCCUCUGUCAUCAUUGUGAUAUGAUCCUUCUUUGAAAUGAUUUGUUUUUGUGAAGUCAUGGCGCUUUUUGAACUGAGCUGCAGUUUGCCAGCCUUUUUCUGUUCUUCCAUUUCACCCAGACAACCCAGACGACAAUACAAUGAUGUUAAUGGAAAUUCUAUCUAUCAGAACAAAUCCCUUGAAGGAGGAUAAUGUACAUUUUGUUUGUAUUUUUAUACAAUAAGCAUUAAUUAUACGGCUUCCAGUAUGUCUGUUGUGAAACUUUAAGCUCAAAUUGAAAUUAUGACAUGAUCUUUUUAUUUGGCCUUUGAAGAAAAUUACAGAAAUAACAAUUUUACUACUCAACUUUUAUUUUUGUAUGGCAUUACUUUUGAAACCAAUUCUUCCUCUUCCAUUUUAAAAUUAAAUAUAUAACUAAGCACAAGAUUAAUCUUGUAAUGUGUUACUUAUACCACAAUGAAGCUGUAGUUUUCUGUUCUAUAGACAUGAAAACAUGUACAGCAUGUUCCAGAGAAACUGAACUGAUUAAACCUGCUUGUUCCAGUUACAUUAUGUCUAUACAAGCUGUGAGGAAGUUCA